ACCCAGACAUCUGGGACUGUUGUUGUUCUCUCGCCUCACGCCCGCCUCAGUCCCUGCGAGCGGAGAUCCGGAGCGGCGCUGCCGGGAGGCGGGCGGCCGUCUCCGCCCUCCCUCUCGGGUCUGCUGAAGCUGUGGCAGGGGCUGGCGCUCACCGACCGCCUCGCGGCUCGCCUCCGAUGCCCGUCGGCAGGGCGGGGUCGUCUGGACCCUGGUGAGCGCACCCAGAGCCCCCCGCCUCGGUGUCUUCGCCCGCCCCUCGGGCCCGCAGACCCGCGCGUCUGCCAUGGCUGAGAACGCAGAAGAUGACCUGAACUCUAAUCUGCCCCACGGCCCCUACCUCACCGGGGACCCGCAGCUAGACACGGCCGUCGGGCAGUGGCUGCGUUGGGACAAGAAUCCCAAAACAAAAGAGCAGAUUGAAAAUCUCUUGCGGAAUGGGAUGAACAAGGAAUUGCGUGAUCGUCUUUGUUGCCGGAUGACUUUUGGGACUGCAGGCCUUCGAUCUGCCAUGGGGGCAGGAUUUUGCUAUAUUAAUGACCUUACAGUAAUACAGUCAACACAGGGGAUGUACAAAUACCUGGAGAGAUGUUUUUCAGACUUCAAACAGAGAGGUUUUGUUGUUGGCUAUGACACUCGGGGUCAAGUAACUAGCAGCUGCAGCAGCCAGAGGCUCGCUAAACUCACUGCUGCAGUGUUGCUGGCUAAAGAUGUUCCUGUUUACCUUUUUUCAAGAUACGUGCCUACACCUUUCGUCCCAUAUGCAGUCCAGGAGCUCAAAGCAGUCGCAGGAGUGAUGAUUACUGCAUCUCACAACCGCAAAGAGGACAAUGGAUACAAAGUUUAUUGGGAGACUGGUGCUCAAAUCACAUCUCCACAUGAUAAAGAAAUUCUGAAAUGUAUAGAAGAGUGUGUGGAACCCUGGAAUGGUUCUUGGAAUGAUAAUUUAGUGGACACCAGCCCACUGAAGAAAGAUCCUCUGCAGGACAUUUGCAAGAAAUACAUGGAAGAUCUGAAAAAGAUCUGUUUUCACAGGGACUUAAAUUCAAAGACCACCUUGAAAUUUGUACAUACCUCCUUUCAUGGAGUUGGACAUGACUACGUGCAGUUGGCUUUUCAAGCAUUUGGUUUUAAGCCUCCAAUUCCAGUUCCAGAACAGAAAGAUCCAGACCCAGACUUUUCUACUGUUAAAUGCCCAAACCCUGAGGAAGGAGAAUCUGUGCUGGAGCUGUCCCUGAGACUGGCAGAGAAAGAAAAUGCCCGGAUAGUGCUAGCCACAGAUCCUGAUGCAGACCGGCUGGCAGUCGCAGAACUUCAGGAGAACGGUCACUGGAAAGUUUUCACGGGGAAUGAGUUGGCGGCUUUGUUUGGGUGGUGGAUGUUUGAUUGCUGGAAGCAGAACAAGUCAAAUGCUGAUGUGAAGAAUGUUUACAUGCUAGCCACCACUGUCUCUUCUAAAAUUUUAAAGGCAAUUGCGCUUAAAGAAGGAUUUCAUUUUGAAGAAACUUUACCAGGCUUUAAAUGGAUUGGAAGUAGGAUAAAAGACCUCCUAGGGCAUGGAAAGGAAGUUCUUUUUGCAUUUGAAGAGUCUAUUGGCUUUCUGUGUGGAACCUCUGUGUUGGAUAAAGAUGGAGUGAGUGCAGCUGUUGUUGUUGCUGAAAUGGCCUCUUUCCUGGAAACCAGGAAGGUAACACUGACGGAGCAACUGACCAAAGUUUAUGAGAAAUACGGUUAUCACAUGUCAAAAACUUCCUACUUCUUGUGUUAUGAUCCACCUACCAUCAAAACUAUAUUUGAAAGGAUUCGCAAUUUUGAGUCUCCAAAGGAAUAUCCAAAGUUUUGUGGGGCAUUUGCUAUCUUGCAUGUGCGGGAUAUAACCACUGGGUAUGACAGCAGCCAGCCUAAUAAGAAAUCAGUACUGCCUGUGAGUAAAAACAGCCAAAUGAUUACAUUCACUUUUCAAAAUGGCUGUGUUGCUACUCUUCGAACAAGUGGGACAGAACCAAAGAUAAAGUAUUAUGCAGAGAUGUGUGCAUCACCUGGCCAGAGUGACACUACCUUACUGGAAGAAGAAUUAAAGAAGCUCAUUGAUGCUCUGAUAGAGAAUUUUCUUGAGCCCAGUAAGAAUGGACUGAUCUGGCGUUCUGUGUAGGGCAUAUCAGUACGUUACUACUUCGCCUUGGCAUAUGGAAUGAAACAUCCAAGAACUCGAUACAGUGAACCUUGUGUUGAAAUUUUCUCAUCUGCCAAGUUAUCUUUUCCCUUUUCUUUCCUGUGUUCAGCUAAAUAGAUUAUAUACCUUUGAAAUGAAAAUGUUUGGAGGGAUAUGUGUCAAAUAUUUUCAUGAUCUUAAAUGACAGUCAUUACAUUGAAAGUGUUCCAGUGGCACGCCAUUUCUCCCAUAUUACAAACAAUCCAAAAGUGAGUUUUCCUAUUGAACUGUGGCUAAGCUUAGUUACAUAUCUUGUCAUUGUGUAUAGCAUGGUUUAAAAGAAGUUAAACAUUAUAUAACUGUAGGGUUAGUUAAGGAAAUUAGGAAAUUACUUCUUAAAGUUGUAUAUGUGGCCGGGGGUACUGUUCCUGACCAUGUGGAAAAGUGUCGUCGUUAUGUUGUAGGUAUUGGUUUUUCAAAUUAGAAACCCAGCUUGGUGGCACCUUCCUGUAUUUACAGCCCUCAGGAAGCUGAGACAGGAGAAUCAUUAGUUAGUUUAUAGCCAGCUUGGGCUGCAUAGUAAGACUCUGUCUCAAAAAAAAAAAAAAAAAGUUUCUAGGUUAUUUAGAUUUUCUGAUUUAGGACAGAUGUUACAGUCUGUGGUGUUUGCACCUCGUUUUGGGUGCCCAUGGUGUGUAUAUUUACUGUAUGUAUUUAAGACUGAUGUUUACUGAACAUAAAACAAUAGUGGCAGCACUCCUAGUGGCUUUGUUCUUGUCCAGUUUUUCAGUCCAUUCUCAGGGUCUAGCAUGAACUGAAAUGAUAUUCCUGUAUUGAAUAUAAUUUCAUCAGUCCAUUUUCAGAUAGUUAAGGAAAAUCGUCUAAACUGUGUAGGUGCUUUCUCUAUAGAAAACAGAGUUGUCAGCUCUAAAAAUGGUUGUAGUAAAAGAUCUUAAUAAAAUCUGGCUUGAUGUAACUGUAAUUGAGUCUUCAUGCUAGGAUUCAGGUAUUAUAAACUUUAAGAGAAAAUAAUCUGUACUGUGGAAUGAGUAUGAAAUUUAUUUGACAGUCUUUUUGAAUUUACAUUUUUACAAUUAUAUUUAUUUUAUCUGAUAAAGUAAUGCUAACUUUAUUAAGAAAUGAAACAUCAAGAUUUAAGUAUUUUCCAAAGCUAUACCACCUUGAUUCAAUACCCAGCCUCAUUUUACCUCAGAAGCUAUACAAGGCUAAGCUUGGUUGGUGCUUGGGUAAGAAGUUUGAAACACUGAAACUGAUGUUUAAAACUAAGAAUUUAUUUAAUGUGUUGCUGACUUUGGAAUUUCUGAUCAUAAAUACCAUAAAUAUUCAUUUUUUCAAUAUGAAAAUAGUUUUCAGGAAAGUCAUUUAUGGUUGAUUCUCUAGCCUUCUGAAAAGCCCUCAUAGAGAAAUAUUGUCUAAGCUUUUCAAAUGGUAUAUUCCUCUACCUAGUUUAGAGAACACACAGUAUAGUUAGGAUAACAGUUGCGAGGCCAUGGGGUAUCAGCAUUUAGGAAAAGUUGCCUAUAGAAGACAGCACUGAUGUUAGAUAAUUUAUCUCCUAAAACUAAUAAUAUAAAGCCUAAACUGAUUAGAAUGUUAAUUAAAUCAUGGUUUGGUUUAUUGGCGCUUUCAGCUAAUUUUGGUUGAGCUCACAUAAUCCAAACACAGUUUUUAUAUUGUUGCCACUAUUGCUGUGUUCCUUCUCCGCUGUCUCAGAGCAGGGUCCUGUAUCAUGGCUGUAGAUGAUAGUUAAUGUACAGUGCCAUUUUUCUGUAUGAGUUUACUUUAAAGGCUUUGCACUAGAGAAGUGGUGUAUAGGAUUUCUGUUUUAUUUUUAACUGUAUAAAACAUUUCAUUGGCUUUGAGGAGUGCACAUUUAGGAAAUGGCAUGUAUUCAACGAAGUGGCACAAUCAAAGCCGUAUACGGAAGACAAUGCAUAUUCGGUUUCAGUGUCUGUGUCCCAGUGGCCCAAAAACAAAAUGAAACGGAAGUGAUGCGACAGCCUACUUAUAACCCCCCAAAAAAAGCCACAUCGUGAUUGCCAUUUGCUUAUGAAGAGAACAUUUUUGAAUGCUUUAGCAUGUGCAAGAGAUAAGUCAUCGUUGAAGUUACUACCAUUUGAGCUCUUAUCUUGAAAAGUUAAAUUUCAACUAUAUAUAAAGGUUCCCAGAGUACAUAGGUUGAAGAGACUGAUUUUUGUCUUAUUUUUGCUUGAUAAACUUGACACAAUGGGUGCCUAGGUGCCUAACAAAAUAAAUUUAGUAGCAGCCCCAAAAAGGGGUGCCAGCUUGUGAGUAUCAGCCUUGGGGUAAACGACAUUAUUUGUCUCUUCCCUUUUCUCAGCAGUAGAAAGGGAAUGAAUAUAUUCUUUUUGAGCACAUAAAUCAAAACAGGUAUUUUCUGGAGCUCUGAGGGAAAGAGUUAGGCUAGUACAUAGCCCAGUGGCAAAGCACUUAUCUAGCAUGCAGAUAAAGCAAAGCUUACAGUUGAUCCCUGGCAAUGCAAGGGGCGGGGGAGAGGGGGAGAGAGAGAGGGUUAUUAGAGCAAAGCCAAAGCAUAAAGUGUAAGGAACAGUAGAGACUGACAAGCAGUGUAUAAAGACCGGUAACAGUGACGUUGAGAAAUGCCUGUGAAGCACAAGCGAGGCUCUGUAACGGUUGGGUAAGGUGUAUGCAAGGCUGGGCACUAGUGUUUGUUAGGGGCGAGUGAGCCAGCGAGCCUACCACUCUCCUACAGUAGUGACCACUGAAAAGAAGCCCAGGUCUAGGAGAUGAGUUAAAAACAUUCUUCCUGUGGAUUCAUUUCCUGCUGAGAUGUGGUUUCAGAAUCACAUGAGAACCAGAGAAGAAAAAGAGCGAAACUGAAAGAAAUAAAAUCAAGGACUAAAAAAUAUAACCUCUAAGGAAAAGCUCAAGGGAUUGGGAUCACUGAACUCCGAAACAGAGGGCUUUGAGAUCAUUUACUAAGUCAUAAGUGUUUGUCGGGGUUUUUACUGAAGGUAUCAAACUGAGAAGCACCAAUGGCACCCUGAUCUCUCGUGAAGAUGCCACAGGGGCUGAGGAUAUAAAAGGAAUAGGCAAGACCUCUCAGAACAAGAAGACAUGGUGGUUACACGGGGACUAGUUGAAAAGUGAGUCAGCAAGGGUAGGAGAGGGUUCAGAGAAGGAUAAUGGGCAACUGUGAUCAUAAUACAUUCUAUACACGCAUGUAAGUGUCAGAAAUGAAUGAAGAGACAAUGGGAAAUGUUCAAGAGGUAAGAAUUUAUGGGGAAAUGAUCACACAACCUAUUUGAAAUCUUAUUUUUGAUGGAAUGAUAUUCAAAAUUUAAGGUAUAUACCAAAUGGCAAUUUGAAGAGUCCAUCAAACAUAUUUUUAAGAAUCAGGCUGAAACAAAACUUACAGAGAGCACCUGCGGUAACGUUUGUGUUUCACUUCAUGUCUAGAGUCUGGCUCACAGGGAACUUGUAUGUAUUUUGAAUGGUAGGUGCAUGAGUGCAGUGAUGGGUGUUCUUUUUAAUUUGAAAACUUUGAGACUUGAACAUACUUGUACUCAUCUGGGAGAACACACAGCUUUAAAGGACAUUUGAGAUGUAUUGCAAAUAUAAAGUAUCGGUAUUCGGAUGUAGUAACCAAAGAGAGAGUCCAAGAGAUUAGAUACUUUGUGAUAUCUGCAUAUAGCAAAUAGGCCCUCCCCACACGCACACUGCAUUUCUUCAUCAAGAUGCUUCUGGAAUUGAUGCAGCAGAAACAUAAAUGGGAGUCUCCUGGAGACUUCAAUGAAUGCUGCUUUUACUGCUGUUUUCAGACUUUCCACUGGUAUUUGUAAAGCUUGAAGAGUACAGAUUCCACUUGGAUACAUUUAAUUUCGUAUUUUUCUUGCUCUACCUCCCUCUUCCCAAGCAACCCUCCACCUUCUGUUACUGUGAAAUGUUACUACCCUGUUACCUCACUGUUAAGAAUCUUCACUGUGUUCAUUCAGAUGGCUUUAUACUUAGUUGUGAAUUGUUUGUUUAUAGACUUGUUUUCAUUAUUAUCAGAACAUUCGAGAUGUACUGUAUAAAGUUACUUUAAUAUCUUUCAAAGCCCUUUUCUGGUUGUGUAGACACUACUAGAUAGUAUCACUGUGGGCUUUUACAAUGAACUUGUUAUCUAAAUUCGUUCUAGAAACUGAUGAGGAAACAGUUAUACUGACCAAAGUGGAUCUAGCAUUUAUUAGAGGUUGCCUGUGCCUUGGGGCAAUGAUAGCAUAAAAAUUCAAGGAAAUAUUUUUAUCCUAUAUGUCCCUCACAGCAUUUUACCAUAAGCUGAAGUAUGAAUAGAGAGCUGGUUGUGGUUGCUCAUAUGUAUACUCUCAGCCCUGGAGAGGUUAAGGCAGGAGAAUUGCUAUGAGUUCAAGGUCUACUUAGGCUACAUGGAGAGAUUUAGAAAAAGAAAAGGCUAUAAUAGAAGAGAAUGGCACGUUGUCUGCCUCUUUACAAAGCAUUGACUAAGCACCAGUCAGAAACAAAAUUAGUGUUUUUAACUAUUCAUGGUAUUGGUACACCCAACAACCAGUCUUCUGUUAGUUGAAGGCUAUCUACUUUAAAAAGAGAACUUAUAGGGGCUGGAGAGAUGAAUCAGAGGUUAAGAGCAUUGGCUAUACAGCCAAAGGUCCUGAGUUCAACUCCCAGCAACCAUGGUGGCUCAUAGCUAUCUAUAAUGAGAUUUGGUGCCCUCUUCUGGCCUGCAGGCAUACAUGUAGGCAGAAUACUGUAUAAAUAAUAAAUAAAUAAAAUAUUUUUUUAAAAGACAGCUUAUAAAUUUAAUUAAGAGGCCAAGACAGGAACAGAGUGACCAGAGUUUGCUUCCUAAAUUUCUCAUCAGCAGAACCCUAAAGCAGAGGAGCAUGAAAAGGAUGGGUAACUAGGCCUUGAAAGUGAAUCCCAAAGAAAUCUACCACUGACGUGGGAGUCCAUGAGAGCCCCUAAGUCACAAGUGAAUUCUCAGUUUUCUACAGUAAAAUAUAAAGAUGAACUUCAAUCUCUGAGAGAGAAACACAGGGGCCUAGGGAUGUAGCUCAGUGGCAGAGUGCCUGCCUGACAUGCCAAAGGUCCUAGGUACAAUAUCCCCAGCACCAUUUACAAACAAAACACCAAAAGUACCAGGAAGGAACACAAGUUUAUCAUGUUACCCUCAAUUCCCAGCCCCAGGCCCCACACCUGAAAUCGCUGCUUUUUCCUGGAAGGACACACAAUGACCUUAUUAUAAGAAAUACACAUUCCAGGAUAUUCUUUGCCUUUCUAACCUAUACUUUCAAAGUAUUACUGCCAGAUUAAUUGAACUGCAACAGCUAUAUUACCCUUGAACUUUGUAAUAGUGCCUGGUGUAUAAACCAAUUUAUUUUAACUCACUGACACUCCUUCACAUGCCUGUCAGCUGCCUGAGAGCUGGUUUCUGUUUAUUGUUUUUAAUAGCUACUCUCCUUAAUAUCUGAUCUCCUUAAUCCAAAUCAGUUUUGCAGUAUUUAACUGGUGGUAAUAGCAAUAAAGGAAAAAGUUUAAAAGAGAACAAAACAUCCUAAUUCAGUUUUUAAAAUAUUACUGAAAUAUCCAGUAAGCAGUGUUUACUAAGCAUGCACACCCUUAAAUAUUCAGUGUCUUAGAGUUUAUAUAUUGUGGUAAACGCCAUGACCAAAAACAACUUGGGAAGAAAAGGGUUCUUAUUUCUGUUUCAUCUUAGAGCUUGUAAGUCCAUCACUAGGGGAGCCAGGGAAAGAACUCAUGGCAAGAACCUAGAGGCUGGAACUGAAGCAGAGGCCACGGAGGGGUGCUGCUUACUGGCUUGCUCUCCGUGGCCUGUCUGCUUUCUGAUAGCAUCCAGGACCACCAGCCAAGGGGUGGCACCACGCAGUGAAAUGGGCCCUCCCACAUCAGUCAUCAAGAAGAUGCCACCUUCCAGUCCGAUGAGGGCACCUUCUCAAUUGAGGUUUCCUCUUCUAAAAUGACUAGCUUGUGUCAAGCCAACAUAAACCUAAUGCAACACACUCAGAGUUUCUUUGGGGAGUGCAAAGCAUCUUUCUACAUGAAAACUAUAAGAUAAAUAACAUUUUGCUCACAAAACAAGGUUUUGGCCAGGAAGGCUAAGAAUGUAUCUUAAGUGGUUUGGAUGCCAUUUUGAACCUGGUAAGCCUCACCUCUCCAGUGAGUCACAUCUGAUUUGAUAUUGGUCGAUGCAUUUUGUCCAAUAUUAGAAUUCAUCAUGUGUGUUAUUGGAGUCACUCAGGCAAAAAAAAAAAAAAGUGGGAAGAGUCUGCAUCUGUAUACGGUGAGACCUUUUUAUAGGUUACAGUAAGCUCUUGGUGUACAUUAUUGAAUAUAACAGAUAAAACACAGGAUUAAGAAUAGAUUUUCUAAUAGUGUCUCAGAAUUGUGCCCUUGUUUUAACAGUUUCUGUCAAUAAUCCCAUCUUUCCCUGUAAAAAUAACAGGGUAUACUGUUAGCUUGUGAGAAUUUGCACUUUUAUGUAUUCGUGUGUGGAUUUCUGUGAUUUUAACCAAAUGAAAUGUUCUCAGUAAUAAACAGGUCUCUUCAUAGUCA